GCGGAAGCGAAAUCGCGUCCAGUGCCGGCAAGACGGAAACUGAACGUAGACACGUCGACCAAGACUCGGUUGGUCCAAUCGUUCGUCGGUUUCAACUCCUCGAGCGUGUCUGAGAAACAAGUGGAGCUGGCCAGGCAAUGCAUCGACGUUAUCAAGCCUCGCAGCGCUCGCUACGAAUACAUCCCUUUCCACAUGAUUCUUCACUGGAAUCGGGAGAAGCGUGACUACUUGGAGGUAAUUGCGGGUUCUUGUGAUUAUCUUCUCAAGCAUGCCAUCGACCUACUGAAGACUAGUAGGUUGCCACGAGUAUGGCGCACCAUCAAGACCAACAAGCACAUAUUUCAUGUCCACGUCACCGAUGGCAUGAUUGGAGCCAGGGACAUUUUGGAGAAGAUGGGCUACUCUGAGACUCUCCCGACAACCAUCACGUUCCCAGACCACGUCAAGGAACAAGACAGGGAAAAAUUACGGGUUAUAGCUGCAGAGUUGCUGAUGGGCAAGUUGGAGGCUCAAGGAUUGUUACAGGAUCAAGCUAACCCCUUCUAUUCUGCAGCUGGUAGCUAUGACUUGCAACGAUUAGCAUCUGCAUUGGCCAGGAAGAGUGCUAAGCCAAGUGCAGGCUUUAUAGCAUCAUGCGCCGGAGAUUAUGGAGAAGAUAUUUACGAAGGAGAUGAAGGAGAAUUCUUCUUCGUGGGAAACGGUCAUUAUGAUAUCCCAGAGAAAUCAAACACUAGCCACGGCACAACGACUUCAGACUACUGCAGUGCAGAAAUGCACUAUAUACCAUCAACGACAACCCCCACUAAGAUCUAUAACAAUACUAGUCGGCAGUUAAAGCCGCCUGCACCAGAGCCAAAACCCUUUAGACAGUUCCUUUCACCAAGUGGCAGCAGCAAAAGUGACGAGAAAUUUAGGAAUUGGAGUGAAAAUAUAAGUCUGCCCCAAGAACUAUUUAGCUGCAAAAUCGGGCAGAAUCUACUGCAAUUUAGAAGAGUUGAGAAGAGAGAAUCAAGAGGUUAAUACCGAUCCACUGAUGGAGUCGGGCACCUCAAAGUCAUUACCGCAUGAGCUGCAGCAAAGCCCAUACUUCCAACUGAAGUUGUUGGAGUCGAGUCUCGACUCAGAAAUACCAUUUGUGUACACCGGCAAAAAGACAGAGGUUCACUGGAAUGAAGUCGGGAUAAGUUUGUUCUUCCCAGCAGCCGAGUGCGACAAGGAUAUCAACUUUACGAUCAAGGCCGUGAAUAACGAUUACAUUCUACAUCGGAGAAUAAGACAUGCCACUGCCAUUCAGUGUACCAGAUCUCGGCGAGUGAUGCAUUACACACCAGCUCCGGUAACAGUUAUGAUGGCACAUUGUGCCGUUGUCAAAGAGACACACCCUGAGGUUAUGACGGCUCACGGAAAGUCUCCCAAAUUUCAAACCAGUGCCUUCGGGGGUGUGUCCCUCAUGGGAUUCUACGGGGAACUGGAAUUGUGCGAAUUCAGCUUUUUCACGAUUCUGCAAAACACUCAGGGAUUGGAGCAUGCGAUUUGCAGUACACGUGUUUCGAUGCAGAGACGGCUCAGCCGAUUUGUGUCGUGACAGAAAGACAAACAUCCCCGCACAGUGCAAUGCUGUGAAGACAAACGUACCUGCGCGAAACCGAGUUGUUGAAUUCACAAUGGUCUGUUUCUUUUGUGUGACCGAAGAAUCACAACGCUUGCCAGACUGACGCUCAAGUGACGACGCUGGAGCGUUUUAAAAGCGUGUGUUGAGCCACCGUAGACGCUAUGACAAUCCAUGCUUGACAAGACGGCAACACCAUCCCAGCAUCAAAUGAUGGGAA